AUGGCGUGGGAGCUUUCAUCAUGGCUCGUGGUCAUGCGGGCGUUCCAGAUCGCCGCCGCUCUGGUAGGAGCGACGAUGAACGGCUUUGUCACUGCGACUGUCUACAGGAACGGCCACCUUGGACUGACUAAAAGCAUGCUCAUCCCGGAGUUGUUGAUCUGUAUGACCCUUGUCUAUGCUACACUCGCCGUCUUCAUCCAGCAUAGCGGCCAACGAUCCAAGAAGACGGGUUGGCUUAUCACUUUCGUCAUGGGCGACAUCAUCUUUUGUGGGGUUGAUCUAGCAAUCAUCACCCUUCUUGCAAAUGCUGGACUUCCUUCUCACUGUGGUGGAUUGACUACCACCAAGAAAGGGGAUGAUGAUCACAAGGUGUACAAACCUCGACCGGGUUUUACCACACCUGGAUUUACCUCCGGCUAUGAUGGACAAAAGGGUGAACUCGACAGGUUUUGUGCAUUUGAACGGUCGUAUUAUGCUAUUGCUCUUGGGCUUGUGUUCACUUACAUCGCCACCGUCAUCCUAACCGUCCUACGGAUCUUCGAAAGAAACUAUACCAAAAAUUCUAAGUGCAUUGAAGUUCUUAACUCUCUCGAGCGAGCCGACACCAUGGAAUCGAAACUCAGCGACAACACCACCUCAUCGCCAGUCAUCGAAGCCCCGAGACCACAACAACACCCCGACCGAUCAGGACCGUCAAGUGAGGGUGUCAUCACCCGCACCGCUUCGAUCCGUAGUAACGUGACAGCAAUGACGUCCUCGACGGCUACCGGAGGAAAUGGGCCAUAUGGGUCCGGGGCAAUCCAAUCCCAGUCCAGCGCAAUUCCGCCACGAAGAGCAUUUAGCCAGAACCAGAACAUGCCAUCAAUACCAUCUCGCCAACUAUCAGUGAGCACCGUCAGCAGCAACAACACCAGCCGACCAGGCGGAGCAAACUCAACUUUCGCACCAGUGUCUCCUAUAGACGAGGCAGAGGUAGACAUUGAGGCGGCACUGGUAGCCGAUGGACCGCAAUACCGUCAAGGUGCUCAUCAGUCACACAACAACAAUAUUCCACACCAACAAUACCAAUCGCACCAGCAAUAUCAACCAUCUCGCCAUCAACGAAAUCUAACAGGGGGGACGUUACCGCCCUUGGCCGAGAACGAUGUGUUAAACCCCGAAGUUGCGUUAUUAACAGAUGGACCACAAUAUCGACCGAACCAGCAACACAUUCCUCACAGCCAACAGCAACCAUCAUACCACCAGCUCUAUGACUUCCCGCGAAACGUACCUCUACUACCGCAAGGGGGAACCUCACCAACCCCCGUGAAAGGCGAUUACCUGGCUUUGGCCUCUGAUGGAGCGGCUGAUGGCGUGCAAUAUCCUGGAAUUCAACGAUCGUUGAGUCAACAACAACCUCAACAACUAUCGCUACAUAUACCACAACCACAAGGGAUCUCACCUCCCUCUAGUGGUGGCGGCGGUGGUGAGGGGAAAACCGAUUACCUAUCCCUAGCAGCAGACGGCUCAAACGACAACAUGAACUCACAACAACAACAACAACAACAACAAUACCCACUCGUCCAACGACAGUCCAGUCUCCUUCAACAUCCCUCCAACCACUCCUUUCCAAACCAACAAUCAUCCCUCCCACCACUCCCACCCCUCCCCGGAUCCGGCCCUGGAACCGACUUCGGGUACCCCAGCAUGCGAUCCAACAGCACCACCCCAACGCCCCGAAAUAUAAACCCCAACUACGCCCCCGCUUCAACCGGUGGUCUCAACCUCGAACUUCGCUACGACGGAACAUCUUCAGGAAGGGCGGGAAACGAACCACCAUCACCAGACCGAUAUUCAAUAUCCAUGUCGGAUGUGAGUUCCGUGUCGACUGCGCUGCCGCCUUAUCAGCGGUAUGAGACGGGAUGUGAACCACAGACGCAGCCGCAGCCGCAGCCGCAGCCGCAGAGACAGGGGUCGAGGAAUUCAAGGGGGUCACGGGGGUCGACGUGA